AUGAGGGCAGAAGCAGAAGAGGGUGGGGAAGAUGGCGUUGGGGUUGCACUGGGCAACCAAAACUUUGCCGGCUCUCGGCAGUUGGUUUCCAUGGGACUUGGGAGAUUCUGGGAUCUCGUGGCGUACAGACAUGAGCGCCGCGAUGAUGACAUUGGCAACCGGGCCAAGACGAGUCGAGGAUCAGUAGCCUACUGGAGCUCGUGGACUACGCUUCACUGGGAACAAGCUAUUCCAUAG